CAUAACAACAAAUUGUUGUCAUAGUAACCUUACCUACAGCCAAGACAUGAGUCGCCUGUACGACACCAUAGAGCCUGAUGUCAUCAGUGAAGCUCUCAUCCACAAGUGUGUGUUGGAGCAAGGCCCUGAUGGAGAGGCGGGGAGGAUUGCCAAGGAAGAGGGAAUUGACUUCAAGGAGGUCACUCAACUCAGACUGGACUUCCAAAAUAUUCUGCGUAUUGAGAACCUGUGGCAGUUCACUUCUCUACGAAAGCUUCAACUGGACAACAACAUCAUUGAGGAUGUGACUGGCCUAGACAGCCUUGUUCAUCUGGAGUGGCUCGACCUUUCCUUCAACAACAUAGAAAUCAUCGGUGGCCUCGACGAGCUGGUCAAUCUCAGGGAUCUGAGUCUGGCUCAUAACCGCAUCACACAACUGGAGAACUUGGACACACUAGUCAACCUUCAGGUCCUCUCACUGGCCAACAAUCUACUGGAGGAUGUAGACUGUGUGCGGUAUCUGCGUCAGUUUAAACGGCUACAGACGCUCUGUAUAAAGGGUAAUCCAGUUGUUAGUAGUGACAAUUUCCACUCAUUCACCAUCAGCUUUAUACCAUCUCUGGUCUACCUAGACUUCAGGAUGAUCAUGGAAGAAGAGAGGGAGGAGGCAGUACAUACCUUCAGAGAUGAGCUGAGGGAAAUAGAACUGACUGAGAGAGAACUGAAGAGGAACGAGGAGAGUCGGAGACUAGCAGAGGAGAAGGCACAACUCUACAAGUCUGCAUAUGUGGAUGGACUGGAGGAUACCACACUGUACCUAAAGAUGUUUGAAGAAGAUUCUGAUUCUGAGCAGAUCAAACACUUGCCAGAGCUCCCGGAAAUGCUACAACAGUAUGAGACUGAUUUUGUGGCUUGCUGCAACCACCUGGUGAAGGUAGGUCUAGAGGAGAGGGAGAAGCGACUGAUUGAAGUGGAGGACUUCAGGACCACUCAUAAGAGGGCAAGUGAGGCCAACCAACAAGCCUCAGUGGAGAGAGUCAAAGCAUUUGAACAGCUGAAGGCACAGUUGUUGCCUCAGUUGGUGCCUGGUGGCAGAGGGAAGAGUGCACUGAAGGAGCUUGAGACUGCUAUUGAGAGCCUGGACCAUGACCUCAUGAGACUGGAGAUGCAACUAGUAGAACAGUUAGACGACCUGAUUAAAGAUUUUGAGCUCAAAUAUUCCAACGAUAUUGUGGGACCUUUCAAGGAACAAGUUCAAUCGCAUAUGACACAGCUGAGAGAUCUGGAGAACAACCAUCACGAGAAGGUGACUGAGAUAGGAACGACAAUGCUCGAGAAAUUUGUCAAGAACCAGCUCGAUGAAGAGCCACACGAGGACCUCAGAGUGUUGUUUAUGGACAAGGACACUCUAGUGAGUGCUCUGAACAAUGCUCACGAUACACACAUGCUCAUCAUUGAUGGACGAGAGGAUGCUAUUGCACAGCAAAUGUCCCGAGACAUGACAUCACUCACACAAGAUAUUCAAGAUGGAGAGAUCAAAAGAAAUAGACAAAAAGUGGUGGAAAUUGAACGUUACAUUGAUAGUCAGAGAGAGGAAAUUGAAGCAUUAGAAAUGUCUACUCCUACUAAUCCAUCAUAGAAUUUAUUUGCGUUUAUUUGCACAUUACAUUCUUCACAUUAUUUCAGUAGUUGUAUAAUAAAUCAGUGAGACAUUUGAACACAAAAUAAUUUAAAUUGC